AAGGGUCGAAGCUGUGAUUGAAGAGGGUGGUAUUGAUAGGAAGAAAAGGAUCAUGGAGGGAGGGGCAGCUGGAGGAUAUGGCUCUAGUGGAAGGUGAAGCAAUUGUGAACGAUGGGUUUGCGAGGCUGGGUGGAGGGUGAACAGUGGUGGGGGGCUUUGUUUUGGGGAGAUGGAACUUUCAAAAGAGAAUUGGUUGUGACUGGAGGGUGUCGAGUAGUGAGUGGAUGCAUUGAAGGGUGGCAAGAAGAGAAGGGCUGUGGAAAUAAUAUGGCCACCAAGUGGACUGCAGGGGAUUCUCCAGUCCUGUGCCUAGAUGUCAGCCGUGGAGGUCUUGUGGCAUCAGGAGCUGAGGAGGGAGCCCUUGCGGUCUGGAACAUCCAGGGUUCCACCAUUGGUCGUCUGAAUCUAGAGGGUGAUGAUGUCACUUGUGUAUCAUUCUCACACAAGUGUGAAAGUAUAGUCUAUGCAUCUCAUGGUGAAGCAAUAAGUGCACUAGAUAUUCGAUCUCUUAAGGAGCCCAUUGAGUGCUUCCAUGUGAAUGAAGAUGAAAUAAAUUGCAUCUCUAUCAAUGAAACAGACAGUCAUCUUGCAGCUGCAGAUGAUUCUGGAUCCAUAAAGAUCAUAGACUUGGCUAGCAAGCAGGUCACCCGCUGUCUACAAAAACACUCAAAUAUUUGCUCCUGUGUAACUUUUCGACCUCAAUGGCCACAGAGUCUGCUUUCCUGUGGAUUAGAUAUGCAGGUCAUGCUGUGGAACUUGCAGAAAACUCGACCAGUUUGGACUGUGAACCUUCAGGAUCUGGCAGAAGAGGAAGAAGACAAUCAGCAGAUAGCAGGGUGCCAACUUUUUAAUCCACCAUUGGCUCAUUUCACAUCAGUUGCCAGUUGUGGUAAUGUAUUUGCCUGUGGGGCUGAAGAUGGCAAAAUACGUUUAUUCAGAGUAACAGGAGCAAGGUUUGAGUUGGAACGUGGAUUCUGCGGUCACAGUUUGGGUGUUUCUCAAGUCCAUUUUCUGAACUCUAUAUCCCAUCCUUAUUGGUUGAUUUCUGGAGGGAAUGAUGCUAAAGUCCUGUUGUGGGACCUUGGUGAACAAAUCUUAACAGGUGACAAACGACCCUCAAAAUCAUCUAGGCAAAAAUCAAAAGUUGGCUGCACUACUAAGAAAGCAGUUAGGUCCAAAGGAGUUGCCCAUGGUGCAAAAGGCAACAGAAAAAAUCAAAGUUAUCAUGUUUUGCCAAAGCUCAGUAUUGAUCAUGGAGAAAAGGUGAACUGGAUUUCUGCUGUGGAGGUAAAGGGUUCUGAAAGAAUAUUCAUUGCUGACCAGAGUUGUCAGAUAUCACUAUACCCUCUCAGAGACCUAUAGGUAUGCAGUACAUGAAACUAUUUAGAUGAAAGUGGCAAUGGCUUAGUAAAGGAGAAGGGAAAAAGCAAAUACGUAGAAUUUCAACAAAUUCUGAAAUAAAUGUGAGGGCUACCUGCAUGUUUUGUAUUUUGAUAGGAGCACAUAAAAUUGUUAGAAUAAUUAGAAUUGUUAGAAUAAGAUUGUUAGAAUAAUUAAAUAACCAACAGCCUGCUUAACCAUAAAACCCUUAAAAUUUUGUAAAAUUCUAUACAUGGAAAAAUUGUACUUUGCACAGAGAAUUUCACUGAGAAUUCCUAAGAACUGGGAACACUUAUAAAGAGGUUGACGCAUUUUUAAGUGGUUGCUUUGAGUGCACUGGAAGGACGCUGCUUUGAUUUGGGAAUUCUGAAGAGGAUUGAUGUGAGAUAAUUAGUGUGGUUCUCUGGAGUAAAAGAAUUGAUGGCAGUCCUGAGAAAAAUAAGCCUACUGGAAAUGUGUACAGAAUAUUUACAACACUGAGAAAUGCAACAAGUAAAUUUGGAAGGGUGCUGGAUUCCAGCAGGAUUCAUUAGGAAAUUUAUUUUGAACAUUGCUGGUAUUUGACAAUAUUUGUGUUUUCAAGAUAUUUUUUGUAUCAUUGAUCCUGAAAAAUGGUUUAGAAGAUUUUUUUUUCCUAACUGCAUUUACAACAGCUGCGUGACUGAAAAGUCAUUUCUUGAUGUAACUACACUUUUAAAAUCCCUCAAAGAAUGCAUUUGAUUAUCAAUGCUUUCAGUCUAAACAGGUUUAUUAAUAAAGGCUGAUGUGGAAAUAAAACACAGAGAAUUCAUAGUCUCUUUUUCUUUCAAAGGAGAAAAACUGUCAUAUGCCCAGAAGGAGAUACACUGGCUUGGAUUUAUGGGGAAAUACUAGCAAAUCUGUCACGAGUUUGAUGAAAAUCCCCACAUGAAUGAUAACAACUUAUACUUUUCUGUAUAUACUAAUGUGGAAAUAUUGGUAGCUAGUGUCAGUGGUUGACUGCCAGGCAACUGACUCUGCUCCAAUACUGAACUCCUUAUGGGGUUAAGGGUGACAGUGGGAACUUGAGCGGAGUGCUCUUUACGUGCAGGAUUUUCUAAACAAUUCUGCACGAGGUAAGAGGAUGUAUAGCUGAAUUUUCCCCCUUGAUGUUAAGUGAAAAUUUUGUCAUUAAUGUAGAAAGACCUGUUGCAACUUCUUGGUGUAAA